GGCACCAUAAGGAAAAUUUCAAAUUAGUAGUCGAAAAGUUCAGCUUUCCAGCAUGGAUACGCUGCUCCAGAGGAUUUCGGAGAUAUUUAAUAACUUUACUUCCCCCGUUGAAGCGGUGGUAUACACUCCUAAGAAUGCUGAGGAAACACAAGCCUCUGCAAACCAAAUUCCAGAAGCAUCGAAUCAGGAAACUGGGAAGACGAAUGAUCGCCCUUCACCUGAUGCUAGUGAACCCCUAACCUCUGGUGACAUUCCAACUCCAGAUGUCAGGUUGCAAAAGUUCAGGGAACAAACAACCCCUACCAUAAAUUACGAGCUGGAGUUUGUUGACUUUGUAGAUCGCAACGCUCCUCAGGGUCUAUCGAAAAAAUUAAUGGAUAUAUUGCCGUAUCUGAAAGUCAGCUUUUUAUCCUGGCCAGCUUUUUGGCUUUGGCGCGGCUACAACUGGCAGUCUAAACGGAAAACGGAGAGAAUCUCCUUUUACAUUCAAAGGACCUAUCAACAGGCCAGGUUAAUGCAGUUGGCCAUCUUAGCCACUGGUUUAUUCACAAUAUCAAUGGGUCGACCUGCCGGCUUGCCAAUUGAAAUGCACACGGUGCACAAUAAUCAGGACGAAACGCCUGACAUCGGGGACUCCUCUUAG